GUUUUGUUGCCAUGUGAGAAAGUGAAAUAAUAACAACGCUAGAAGACGCUUUUUGCACUCAUUGUGUCAUUUAAGUAAUAAAGUGAUUAGUUUUUUUUUAAAGAAUAACAGUAUUUCAUAAAAAAUGGGUCGUAGGAAAAGUAAAAGAAAGCCACCACCAAAAAGAAAAGCAAUUGAACCAUUAGAUACACAAUUUAACUGCCCAUUUUGUAAUCAUGAAAAAUCUUGCGAAGUAAAAAUGGAUAAAUCACGGAAUACUGCUCGAAUAUCAUGUCGAGUUUGUUCAGAGGAUUUUCAAACAACUAUAAAUUUAUUAUCAGAACCAUUAGAUGUUUAUAAUGAUUGGAUAGAUGCAUGUGAAUCAGCGAAUUGACGAUUUUUAUUUUGAAAAUGAAAUAAAAAUUAAAAAUAAUUAAUGUGAAUGUAUUGUUGAACCUGUCACUAUACAAAUGGGUUAUAUUUAACAAUAAUCAAUGUUUUUGUUUAUUUUUUAGUGUUUUUUUUUGAAAAAAUAAAUGGCCAAUUCUUUAAUAA